AUGGUGGCUGUUCACUAUUACUAUACUUCUCAACCAUUUGGCCAAGGCUUGCUUUCUGCAAGGUUCAAGAAAGCCAAACGUCUCUGCUCCCUCUACUUCCUACUACGAUGCAGGGACCAAGGGACGGUCCCGCAUUUCCUGCAAUUUCAUCACCAUAUCCAUUCCGAGGCCGCCAAGAGAAUCUAUCGGAGGACGAGCUUCUGCCUACUACGGGAGCGUAUACACCACACGCGGCGCGAGUUGGAUGCGAUCUCCCGGGACCUGUUGGACAUGCACCUCCGCCUCGCUGCAGAGCUGUCCACCGCGGACUGGGCCCUCAUCGACCGCAUCACCUUUAAGAGGGCUUCACGUGUUGCAGCUGACGACAAAGUCAGGCAGUGCAUCAAGUUACAACGACUGCAUGGAGCUCAACAUGCAGGCCCGCGGACCGACACCAAGAAAACUGUAGUUAACCUGAGCGGCAGGCCACUGGAGGAUGCUGCCUACUCAGCCCUGGGCAAGGGCCUAAACUAUGCAGUGUCCAUCGAGGAUUUCCUGAGCGGUGUUGAGAGAGCUGUUCGCUCCCUACCUGUGGAAGCGGCCGCGGAGGUCCGGCAAGAGACCGUUCGGAUCCUGAGAGCCUCCAAGAAGCCAAAAGACAAUCUGUCCGGAGAGGAGAGCUCUCUGAGCCCUCUCGUUCCACCCGACUGA